AUGAAUUUUGAGCCAACGCAGCAGACACAACCUACCCAACCAAAUAAUUUCAAUAAUAAUAAUCAUAAUGGUCCGGAACUAGAUCCUUUGGACGGUGUGAUCGUGAGAUUGAUUUGCACUACUGGCAGUCUUCCUAUCAAUGAUUUGAAAAAAGAUGAGAAAAAAACCUCGUGGAUCUUCGGAAGAAACUCUUCUGUUGAUAAGCCGUUUGGGGUGCGGACCCAGAGAUUGAGUGGCAAGCAUUUCAGAAUUUGGUAUAAAGAAAACAAUAUCAUGAUCCAGGAUUUAUCAACCAAUGGGACUUGGAUCAACAAUGUGCGGUUAAAAAAAGGGAAAAAUUAUUUAUUAAAUCAGGGAGAUGAGGUGGCAGUGGGUAUUGGGGUUGAAAAUGAUGUUCUCAAAUUCAUUGUGGUGUUCCCCAAGACUAGUGAGUUUACCAAUACCGGAAACAUCAACGAAAUCGAAGAGGAAGAUGUUAACAAUAUCAAUCGAUCUUACAUCAUUAAACAAGAAGUGGUUGGUCAAGGUGCGUUUGCAACCGUUAAGAAAGCCAUUGAAAGGUCUACGGGAGAAACUUACGCAGUGAAAAUUAUCUCGAAGAGAAAAUUGGGAAUUGAUAAUAGAAAUGGGGUUAUCAGAGAGUUAGAUAUUCUCAAAAGACUUGAUCACCCAAAUAUCAUCAAGCUAAAAGGUUUUUAUGAAGACCAAGAUUUUUUCUAUUUAGUUAUGGAGUUUAUUUCAGGGGGAGACUUGAUGGAUUUCGUUGCUGCUCAAGGUUCAAUAAGUGAAGAGGUUUCAAAAGAAAUAAUUAGACAAAUUCUAGAAGCAAUUAAUUACGUGCAUAGUCAAAACAUAUCACAUCGUGACUUGAAACCAGAUAAUAUAUUGAUAGCAAAUGAUAACCCGACCACUGUUAAAGUAACCGAUUUCGGUCUUGCAAAAAUUGGAACUAAUGGCGAUAAUAAUCCGGCUAAUCAAGGGUCUUUCUUGAAAACUUUUUGUGGUACUUUGGCGUAUGUGGCACCAGAGGUCAUCAUUGGAAAACUCCUGUCAAAAAGCAAACACAACCGAAAAUCAUAUUCUUCUCUUGUUGAUAUGUGGUCUCUCGGUUGUUUGUGUUACGUGAUAUUGACCGGGCAUUUGCCAUUUAGUGGUAAGACACAAGAUCUGUUGUUCAAAAGAAUCAAGAGCGGCUCCUACCAUGACGCGCCUUUGAAUGACCAUAACUUGAGCAGCGAGGUCAGGGACUUUAUUGACUGUCUAUUGCAAACAAACCCUGCUAAAAGACUCAGUGCCGAAGAGGCUUUGAGGCAUCCUUGGAUAGCAGCUGCUAAUAACAAUGAUAAUAAUAAUGAUAGUGCGGAUGCGGCAGUUUCCUUGAGUGCUAAUGAUGUUACCAACUCAGCUGCUGAAGUGGAAAUACAAUUGGAUAGCCCAUUUCAAAGUAAGGAUGAUCCCCAAAAUAUCAAGAUCUCAAAGUCAGAAGCUAUGAAUAAAUUUAACGGUCCAGAUUCCGACAUGAUCAUGGUAGAGAAUGAGUCUAUAAAUUCUCUGAUAUCCAAAGCGCCGGAUGGCAACAUUCCUGCAGGAACUCUAUUAACUUUAAAGCCAUUAAAACAUAGCAUUAAGCAUCCAGUGGUGUUUGUUCCUCAAAUAAACAAACCAUAUUUCAUAGGUAGAAACGAUACCUGCAACCUCUCUAUCGACGAUACCCGAAUGUCAAAAUUCCACUGCAUCAUCAUGAAAAAGAGACACCCGAUUGGUAAAAGCUUCAUGGAGAGCCCGGCUCAGGGGUUGGACGAUAUUUGGUUAAUAGAUUAUAGUACCAACGCAUGCCAUAUCAAUGGCAAAGAGAUUGGAAAGGGAAAAAAGACAUUAUUGAGAAAUGAGGAUCAGAUUUUGUUAUUUAUGGAUAAAAAACAACGAGACUUUUUGGGAUUCAAGGUCUACAUAAAUGACUUGACCGGUUUGUUUGUUGAUAAUUUGAAGAAUGUUGCCGUUGUUAAUGAAGGCCCUGGAAAAUCCCACAAACCAAAGUUCAAUAAGACAGUUAUUGAGGCACAGGAUGAAUAUGAUCUCAAACUCCUUCCUGCAAUCAGUGUCUCCGCACGCCAACAACGCAGAACAAUAGGUAACAAGAAUAGUACCACAACUAAUAAUAAAAAACGGAGUAUCACCGCCGAGUCAUCUCAGCCGAAAAAAAGAGCUCUGUUGAACCCAUCACAACCUCCUGCAGAUGGUCUAGCUUUUCAGUCUUUUAUAAAACAAUAA